GGAAUGCCAGGAUUCCGAGGUGGCAUCGGGCUAGAGGGACCUAUUGGACAUGAUGGGGAAAAUGGACUGGAUGGCCCCCCAGGUCCUGCAGGACUGCCUGGAGCACCAGGUGUGACAGGACAAGUUGGCGCCAAAGGAGUUAAUGGCUCCAGGGGAGACGUGGGACCAGCUGGCAGCAUUGGCCCCUAUGGUCCUCGGGGGCCUCCAGGUUUAGAGGGACAAAUGGGACCUCCAGGACCCAGAGGGCCCCCGGGACAUCCAGGUCUAAUAGGAGCUCCUGGACCUAAAGGAGAUCCUGGGGCUGUGGGGUCCAUGGGAGCUCGAGGGGAUCCAGGUUUUGAGGGGCCUGUGGGCGCAUCGGGGAGCCGGGGUCAUGUUGGGUUUCCAGGAGUCACCGGCAACAGAGGACCUGAUGGGGACAAAGGGGAUUCAGGACCUAAAGGGGACAAGGGUAUUCAGGGGGCAGCAGGCAUCAGGGGUCCCCAAGGAGAGAGRGGCCCCAUUGGCUUAAUGGGUUUCCCAGGAGCCAGUGGCUCCCCUGGCACCAGAGGAGCUGAGGGCACAAAUGGUGAGACUGGACCACCGGGAAAAGAGGGGAUCCUGGGGUCAAAGGGGAACAGAGGACAAGACGGACGGACCGGCASACCUGGACCCAGAGGAAACAAGGGUGUGGCAGGACUGAGGGGUCACCCUGGUCAACCAGGCCCACCGGGUUUGCCCGGACCACCUGGACCAAAGGGACCAGAAGGAAAGCCUGGUACACAGGGUUUGUCUGGUGCAGAUGGCAGUGCUGACAUUAAGGGGCCGAUGGGCUUUCAAGGUGUUACUGGAGAGAGAGGAGCCGACGGCCCACCAGGUUCACCGGGACCGCCAGGAAAAACGGGGGGCCCAGGCUUACCAGGACCUCCAGGAGACAAGGGGUUUACAGGGAAGUCCGGUGUGGAAGGACCUCAGGGUCUAGUUGGCAUGUAUGGAAUAACUGGGAAUGUGGGCGCUCGUGGGCCUCCAGGUUUAUUGGGAGAAAGGGGUGAGCCAGGUGUAAAAGGUUUACCUGGUCCUUCUGGGAAGCCAGGGUCUAAAGGUUUACCAGGUUCUGCAGGAGAGAAGGGACCCCGAGGACCUCCGGGUCGACCUGGAGAUGAAGGACUGAAAGGGCUUCAGGGCCCACAAGGCCCUCCUGGUCUUCCAGGUCCCAAUGGGGGAACAGGCAAACCAGGACCUAGAGGAAGCAUCGGACCCCCGGGGCCUCAGGGAGCACAGGGUCCGGCAGGAAUCCCAGGCCCGCAUGGUCCUGACGGGUCAGCGGGGACAGCAGGGGACAAAGGACACAAGGGUUUCCUCGGACCACCAGGGGACCCGGGUCCACCAGGACCAGAUGGACCACAGGGUCUCCCAGGUCAACGAGGACYUGAAGGUCCACCUGGACGGAAAGGAGAUCAGGGGGACUUGGCUUCUUGUGGGAGUCCUGGAGCUCAGGGACCGAAGGGCGAACGAGGACUUGAGGGCACCAAAGGCCCGCGGGGGCAAGCGGGACCGGUUGGUAAAGAG